AUCUAUAUGGGUCUGUGUUUCUAACACGUGCAUUUGUGUUAGGAAAACAAGUUUACAUCAACUUGAAAACAUGGUCGACAUGGAUAAAGUAGAGAUCGUUGUAGGGACAUACGAAAACUUAAUUCUAGGGUAUCAAGUAGUCAAAAACAUUAAAGGAGAUUAUAAUUUGGAUGUCAGUUUUACAGAUGACUCCCACAGAGGAGCACUUAGAUGCAUGUCUGUAUCUUCCAAUGGUACUUUAGUUUCCAGCAGCACAGAUGACUCUAUCAGGUUGCACAGUCUUACAAAACGAAAAGAUAUUGGUGGCUUGUUUGAACACACAGGUACAGUAAAUUCUAUCAGUUUUUAUGGAUCCAGUCAUAUGUUCUCUGGAAGUGAAGAUGGAACAAUUUGUAUUUGGAAGUGCAGAAGUUGGGAAAUGCUGCGCACACUCAAAGGUCAUAAAGCUUAUGUCACAGCUAUGUCUGUCCACCCCAGUGGAAAGCUUGGACUCUCAGCUGGCAGUGACAAAAGCUUUUUGACCUGGGACUUGGUCACUGGAAAAUUGGCUUUCCAGAGAAAGCUAAAGGAAAUGGCCCAAAAUGUUUUAUUCACAUCAGAAGGAGAUCAUUAUGUUUUAGUCUAUCAGAAGAAUAUUGAAGUUUGUUCACUUGAAGAUACACAGACAGUCCAAGAGAUCUCUACAAAUUGGAGGAUUAACUCUGUUUGUUUUGUAGAUAAAGAAAUUGUAGCUGUUGGUGGUGAUGACAAAAGUGUUUUGAUUGUGAAUGUGUUAUCCGGAGAUAUUUUGAUGACAUUGGACUGUUUAAAACCUGGUGAUAGUAAUUUCAAUAGUCGUGUUCGCUGUGUAUGUUGUACUAAGUCUGGGGAUGCUACUCUUGUCAUUGUAGGCAUGGCAAAUGGAAACAUUGCUAUAUUUAAAGUUAUCAUCAAUCAGGAACUCAGCAAGUCAGAAUUAGUGAUCUUUCAUGAAACCAAAGUCAGACUAACUUGCAUGGCUGUACAUAACGUUAUGGAUAUAAAAAUUAAAGAAGAAAAAGAAUCAGAAAGUGUUGGUUUGAAAAGAAAAAAACAACAAAGGAGCAGAGAAAAAAAAGAUAAGAAGGAAACUUUAGAAGUUCAAACAGACUCUGCAGAUAACACCAAAGAAGAUAACAUACAAACUUCUCCAAGUGAACAUAAAAACAAAAAGAUUAGAAAGCCACAGAGUCCAGAUCAAGUUACAAAGAAGAGAAAGUUAGAUGCUAAACAAGAGAAAACUUCAAAGCCUAAAAAAGAUGCAAAACCACUAUCAAGAAAUGAAAAACAUAAAAGAAAAGUCAAUAAUAAAUAAAUUAAAAAAAAAAAGUUUAUUUGUUUUGUUGAAAUAGUAUUGAGGUGUUUUUACAAAGCUUAAAUAUCAACUCACUCUGUAU